UCAGUUUAUUCGCGCUUUCCGCCGGAGCAGCUUGGGAAGAGCUCGUGUUUUCCGGGGCUGGCACCUCCGCAUUGGCCAAGAAACGAGAAUUUUCCGCGAGUUCAGCUGGCUAAAGGGACCAUCAUUACAAUUAAAAUAGUUCAUAUUCCAGUGAUCAGUGAUAGAUCCCGAAAAAAGGAUACAAUACGCAAGGAUAUAAAUCGGCAGGUCAAGUGGUCCUCUAGUUGUUUUCCCGUCGGUGGCCCUCACUAGAUGGCUUUGACAUUGGCGCCACAUUUGCAUCCGGGCAGGUGUAAAUAUUCAUUUCUGUAGCUGGCAAGUUGCUGCCUGCUUUUAGCAUAAUUAAGCGCAUUAGGGCGGGUCUGCACCAGCCCCGCCCCCUGCAGCCAACAGUCCUGCUCCUGCAACUCUCGUCCUGCAGCGUCCUGCGGCGCCACAAGGAAAGGACAAAAAACUUGGCCAAAGCCUUGAAACUUUGAAGAGUAGCCGUCAGUCAAAGCAGCUUUAAGGCUCCAAAGCAAACGAACUGCAUGGCUUUUCCGGCAUGCAGCCAUCUGGAGUAAAUUACGGCUAAGCCAUGAGGCUCCUUACCACCCAAGGAUGUCCUCUUCUGAACGCAACUCACCCAGCCACGGGCAAGGAUCAGGAGGAACUGGGACUGGAUCGGGGGCGUCUACGUAUCGCACCCACCAGCGCCCACCUGAUGUUGAGGAGGCUCUCUCCUCGAUGCUAUGGACUCCUUAUGAGCGCACACCAGUCCCUAGCUCUUCGGAGGAGGAGGCCGAGGAGGAAGAUGACGACGAACGACUCAAUCGGCAGCUCCGCAAGUCGCACAGCAGCUAUGAAGCCUCGGACCUAAGCCGAUCGCAUCACCCCCACCUUUUCCCUACCUUCGCUCACCACCGACAGGUCCUGGAUAGCGGAUCCAAUGCCCUGCUCCUGCCCCCCGUGCCUUCGUUUCCGCCAUUUAGUUUGAGCGCCUUCGAUGCGGCCAUUUCUGGCUUCGAUUAUCUCGGGAAAAGCGGAUUUUCGAGUGACGGUGGCAGGCGAAACCGAUACUCGUUCCCCGCCUAUCUGGGUAGUCCUCCCGGCAAUACUCUCACCCAGUGGUGCUCCUCGGCUGCCGCCUCAAUCAAGGAGCCGCCCUCUUACGACUCAUUGUAUUCCUCCACCUCCGAAGCCAAAGGUGUUCCUCCGGCUCCGCCCGCCUCCCUGCUCCUCAAAGCCGGCGUGGGAGCGGGUCUCGAACCAUGUGAUAGAUCGCUACGAUCGCCAACGAAAAAAGCAGCAGCUGCCGCGGCAGAUAAGGAUCUGAAUAAGGAUGUGCAGGAGAUAGUAGGAUCCCAGGCUGCUCCACUAACGGCUAAAGUUCCCGCUGGACUGGGUCUAAAGCGCUCCUUUACGGAUGACUACAUAUCGCAGAACUGCGCUUCAUUCACGCCAGCAACACUAAGCAACACCGAGAAGACAGCAACUACUGAGGCGACGGAAACACAAAGCCAGAGCCAAGCAACGAAUGCGAGAUCACAACAAAGCGAGGAAAACUCCAGCGCAACGAAUUGCAUUAUCAAUGAACAGAGAAGCGAUGCAACAGCAGAAACAGCAACAUCAGCAGAAACUGCUGCAACAACAAAGCCGAACGAGGAAACCAGCUCAGUGGCAGUGCAGGUCAGUCAACCUGUUUCCUGUGCCGUGGCCGGCAGAGAGCCAAGAGCGGGCGAGAGAGCGGCUGGAGCAGCAAGCGAAGCAUCUGGCAGCGGGAGCAACGACAAGAGCAACAGCAACGAAAACGACAGGGGCAGCAGCAGCAACACCAGCAACACCAACUCUCGCUCAGCGAUCAGUCUCUCGGCAACUUACGGCGCGCGAACACCGAGCGCGAGUAGCAACUACGCCAGCAGCAACCACUACCGCAAAAGCAACUCGAGCAGCAGCAGCGUGCUGCGGCCUAACAAAUGUUUGGCAGAACUCGAGCGUCUCUAUGCCGAAUUUCGCGCGAGUGAAAGCAGAUUUGAAUCUGACAUAGCCAACGCCAAUAUGCGUGUGAGUGUGCCAGCCACCGAAGCUGCCCCUGCAACAGCAACAGCAAAUGUUGCUACUAGCAGCAGUGUGUUUCUCAAUGCAACUACCGACAAUCGAGUCGUCGACGAGGCCAAGAGCGUUACCCAUGUUGCUGUGUUGCCAGCAACGCCAACGGCCACCGCUAACAAGUCCUGCCAGCGACAGCCGAGCCUAACGAUCCAAGUGAACAACGGCAACAGCAACAGCAACAGCAACAACAACGGCAAUGGCAAUUGCAACGAUGGUAAUGGCAACAAUAACGGUACUAGCAACGGUAAUCGCGUCUCAGUCGCUUCUUCGCCCACGAGCAUCGUUAGCAACAACAACAACGGCGUGUGCGUUGUCAACUGCAGCUACACCCCCAAAAACAGCAGCAACACCAAUACCCCCACCAACAACAACAGCGUGGUGGAAAUCAAUAAUUGUGUGCCAGCAACCAAAGUGUUCAGUGCGAGUGUACAAAAUAAGUUGAAUAAUAAUUCAAGUCCAGAACCAAGUGUUCGGGACCACAGUGUCAAUAUUAUCAAUGUGAACCCGCGCACCUUCACUUCCAUCGAAUGCCAAACCGACGACCUUGCCACCAGCCCAGCCACCCAGUCGGAGACCCAGGAUCAGCAGCAGCAUCAGCAACUGCAGGAGCAGCAACAACAGAUCCGGACCCGCGAGCAACGUCGCCGCGAGAGGAGGGAGCGCCGGCAGCAGCAGCAACAACAGUUUCCGCCACAUCAUCCUCGGCGGCCCCCGCCUCCACCAUCCAUGCAACCACAGCUGCACCCGCCCCCGCAUCUCCACCACCCUCACCCACAUCCCGCUGCCUUGGGACUGGCGCGUGCUCUGUUGCCGGACAUCCUGCAUCCGCACUACCCGCCGCCGUACAGCGCUCUGCCUGUUCCGGUGGCGGUACCUGUGCCCGUGGCAGUGCCACCGCCGCCACCACCCGCUGCCCCCAGUGGUGGCCCGCCGCCGCCGCCUCCGGCGCUGGCGUCCGUGAUUUCGACGGUGCCACUGCCCGGGACGCUGCCACCACCCCUCAUGACGGACGGCCGCUUCACGUUGCCGCUGCCCAUCAUGCGCAGGUCUCCCUCUGAGAGAUCCGGCAAGGGAUGCUGCGGCCAGUGGUUCGCCGGACCGCCGCUGCGCGCCCUCAUAGCCGUCGUGGCCCUAGGGGGCGUGGCCUGCGCUCUAGGAGGAGCAGCAUUGGGGGCUACCAGCCUGGCCGGACCGCCAAACUCGCACCUGACCGCCGCCCUGCUUAUGAUCGGAGUCGGCGUGGUUUUGGUAACUGUAAGUGGGGCCGCUUGGAGAAUGACAGCGCCCGGGGGCCAGAGCUGCCUCGGACUCGGACUGGGCACUAGCGUGGACCUGGGCCGCUGCGGCCGCAGGCCUUGCAGCCGAGGAGGUGGGGCCCCGCACGGACUGCUUUACCCGGAGUUCCAGCAUCGCCCACCGCCACCCUCCUACCAGGCCAGCAUGCAGGAGUACCGGCUGAGACUUCUGUUGUUGGACCGCGAUCGCCAGAACGGGGUUGUGCGCGGCAACUCCCCGCCGCCCACUUAUCGAUCUCAUGCGGGCAGCCUGCUGAGGGCGCCUUUGACCACACUGCGCUCCGGCAUGGGCGGCGGCGGAGGCGGAGCUGGUGGAGCCGGUGGCACCAUCAGCAGCAGCAUGGGCGGAUCGGAGUACAGCCUGCCACCCAGCUACCGCUCCAGGAACGCAACGCCCGCCAGUCUCGUUUGCAGCGAACGGAACAUCGAGACGGCUCCAUCCGGAAGACUGCUGGCUAACGAGGAUCUGCAUAUGCCGGAGCCGUCGGUAGUGGAGCAGUUGCCGGACUAUGCAGCGAACACCCUGCUGACGUCCGCCAUCGUGGAGAUAGAGUCCUCCAACCGGGCGCCCGAGAGGCAGGCUACUGCGCGGGAGAGAGGGAAGGACCUGGUGACCAUUGUGACCAUCUCGCAGUCGCCCUCGGGGAGCGGCAGCCAGGCGCAGGCCCAGACCCAAGCUGGCCAGGCCAGUGCCCUCGAUCAGAUCGAUAUAUUGGCGCAUCUGUAGCGGUCCUGGGGACAUACCCCAGAGUCCGGACCACUCGUUAACCCAAAGGUAUUUAUUUGUACACGGAACUCACGCUGCUCCUAAACGACAAUGUAAUCUAAACCAAUAUCUGUAACUUGUAAUCUGUAGCGUUUAAAUCUUAAGAUAAGAUGUUUGUUGUACUUGAAUGUGUUGAAUUUAUUUUUGUAAGCAUUAAGGCCGAAGCGCGUAGUUAUUACGAAUUCUAGAUACAUGCAAUUAUACACAUACUACCCAUUGAAGUAUUAGAGUAUCCAAAAAGAAAAUGUUAAAAAUGGAGCGAGGAGAGAAGGAGGAACCCGAUACGAACUCAGCCCACUAUCGAAUUGUAAAUAGGAAAGUUUCGAAUGCAUUUGUAGCAUGUGUUAAGCCAAGUAACUAAAUAAAUACAACCAAGCCAGAUCAAAGAGCAGCACUAAGUAUAUGUAAUGAUAUGUAUGUAUGUUCGUGUAUCCCUCGGAUACACGAAACAUAACAAUCUCGCAACGGAACGCUACGGUGACAAAUUUGGCGCGCAUUUUCGGAAACCACGAAUAUCCAACACUGAAUACUAAACUUCGAUGUCGAUUUCGAUUUCUGAAUGCGUUUCGCACAAAAAAAAACAAAAAUAGUUAGACCUACCCCUAUGAUAAGUUACGACUAUAUGCGUGUCCUGCACGACUCUCACACACAAACACACACACGAACUAACUUAAAGUCCUUCCCUCUAAUAUGUGCAAGGCGACGUAAACUAAACAACAGAAAUAAAAAGAAAAAACCCAACAAAUCGUUGAAAAAUACCACAACA